GGCCAAACCAAACGACCCACCACACGCUUAAACAGGUGUAAUCUGGCCUGUCUUGAACUCGACUACGUGUACUCUCGCCUAUCUUGAACUCCACUGCUAUUCUGUAUCAUGCUCUCGACAAUUUUGGUAUUUUGAAUUUGAAUACGUCAAGGAAAAGUUGAGAUAAAUGAGUUCCGUUUCUUUGCCGUGCUCAAGUUAGUUUUGUCAGCGCUACUUUUUAUCCUUUCAACACUUGCGUUGCAUAAAGAUACACUUAAGAAAAUACUGCUGUUUCUGUUCUCAUAUUUUAGAUGGGAAAAAAAAUCUAUUACUCCCCAAAAAAUAUCUGCCCUUGUGAAGAAAUUUCAUGUUUGCCAAUAAUUUCCCAUCCUCAGAAGUUUCAGAAAUGCGAAAAGAAAAUAGGAAACAGACAAAAAAGGCAGAAUCAGGAGGCUAGACGAAAGGAGGAGAAAGAGAGAACAAUCAGUAGUUUUCUUUCUUGUUGGACAUUCGGGCGGCCAAAGCAGCGGCCCCCUUAUCUCCAGGGACCAGGGGAGGUCGCACACCAACGCACCGUCCUUCCCUUUCCUCCUCCUCCUCCCUCUCCUCGGAAGGUGAGAACCUCCAGCGAUCCUCGUCUUCUGUGUGUCAAGUGACGGUAUUUGUGACCAUGGCAGGGACCUUACUCCAGUCAGUUGCCCUGGGAACACCAUUUGGGGGUCGCAUGAGAACCCAUUGUUGGAGGUCCCAUGGCACCAGGAGGCCUGCCUCUAUGUUGGCAGUGUCACUUAGCCGCCCUGUCAAGAUGUCAGCAUUUGUGGGUCUAAGAUCAGUGCAUAGCUUCUCGGUCACACCGACGGUGUCCAAUUCCAGGUCGGCAGUUGCAUCUUACAGGUCAUCGCGACAGACAAGACGAUCUCGUUUUGUCACUCAGGCAAUGUUUGAGAGGUUCACGGAGAAAGCUAUUAAGGUCAUCAUGCUUGCGCAAGAGGAAGCAAGGCGCCUGGGCCACAACUUUGUUGGAACUGAGCAGAUCCUCUUGGGUCUGAUUGGAGAGGGCACUGGUAUUGCAGCUAAGGUGCUCAAGUCCAUGGGAAUAAAUCUUAAGGAUGCACGUGUGGAGGUGGAGAAGAUUAUUGGCCGCGGCAAUGGUUUUGUUGCUGUUGAAAUACCAUUCACACCACGUGCGAAACGUGUUUUGGAGCUCUCCUUGGAGGAAGCUCGCCAAUUAGGACAUAAUUAUAUUGGAUCUGAGCACCUGCUCCUUGGACUGCUUCGUGAGGGUGAAGGUGUGGCGGCUCGUGUGCUUGAGAGUCUCGGAGCUGACCCCAGCAAUAUCCGUACACAAGUUAUUCGAAUGAUUGGUGAGACCACAGAAGCUGUUGGUGCUGGAGUUGGCGGCGGCAGCAGUGGUAAUAAGAUGCCAACUCUUGAGGAGUAUGGAACUAAUUUAACAAAAUUAGCAGAGGAGGGAAAAUUAGAUCCUGUUGUUGGAAGGCAGCCACAAAUUGAGCGUGUGGUACAAAUUUUAGGCAGACGAACCAAGAACAAUCCCUGCUUGAUUGGAGAGCCUGGUGUUGGAAAAACUGCAAUUGCUGAAGGACUUGCUCAGCGCAUUUCUACAGGCGAUGUACCUGAAACAAUAGAAGGGAAAAAGGUCAUAACCCUUGACAUGGGACUUCUUGUUGCUGGCACAAAGUACCGUGGAGAAUUCGAAGAAAGAUUAAAGAAGCUGAUGGAGGAAAUAAAGCAAAGUGAUGAGAUAAUACUCUUUAUUGAUGAAGUUCACACUCUGAUAGGAGCAGGAGCAGCGGAAGGUGCUAUAGAUGCUGCUAAUAUCUUGAAGCCUGCGUUGGCCAGAGGUGAAUUACAGUGCAUUGGAGCCACUACACUAGAUGAAUAUAGGAAGCACAUUGAGAAAGACCCAGCACUUGAACGGAGGUUUCAACCUGUGAAAGUGCCAGAACCAACAGUAGAUGAAACCAUUGAAAUCCUCAGAGGACUGAGGGAACGAUAUGAGAUCCACCAUAAACUUCGUUACACUGAUGAAGCUCUGAUUGCAGCUGCAAAGCUGUCAUAUCAAUAUAUCAGUGAUCGGUUUCUCCCAGAUAAGGCAAUUGACUUGAUUGAUGAAGCAGGUUCCCGUGUUAGGCUACAGCAUGCACAGGUCCCCGAGGAAGCAAGAGAGCUUGACAAGGAGCUCAAACAAGUCACGAAACAGAAGAAUGAAGCUGUUCGAAGCCAGGAUUUUGAGAAGGCUGGGGAAUUGAGAGACCGUGAAAUGGAAUUGAAGGCCCAGAUAACAGCCCUCAUUGACAAGAGCAAGGAAUUGAGCAAAGCAGAGGAAGAGUCUGGAGAGACAGGACCUAUGGUCAAUGAAGAAGAUAUCCAGCACAUAGUAUCUUCAUGGACUGGCAUCCCUGUGGAGAAGGUUUCCAGCGAUGAAUCUGAUAAGCUUCUUAAGAUGGAAGAGACUUUGCACAAGCGUGUCAUUGGCCAAGAUGAGGCUGUGGUAGCAAUUAGUCGCUCCAUCCGCCGUGCUCGUGUGGGUCUCAAGAACCCCAACAGGCCAAUUGCAAGCUUUAUUUUUGCUGGUCCCACCGGCGUUGGGAAGUCUGAGCUUGCAAAGGCUCUUGCAGCCUAUUACUUUGGCUCUGAGGAGGCUAUGAUCCGGCUUGAUAUGAGUGAAUUCAUGGAGAGACACACGGUAUCCAAGCUGAUUGGUUCACCUCCAGGAUAUGUAGGAUACACUGAGGGUGGCCAGCUGACAGAGGCAGUUCGACGGCGGCCAUACACAGUUGUGCUCUUUGAUGAGAUUGAGAAGGCACACCCUGAUGUCUUCAACAUGAUGCUUCAGAUUUUGGAAGAUGGGAGAUUGACUGACAGCAAGGGAAGGACGGUGGACUUCAAGAACACACUCCUGAUCAUGACCUCAAAUGUAGGGAGCAGUGUCAUCGAGAAGGGUGGAAGGAAGAUCGGAUUUGACCUUGACUCUGAUGAGAAGGACAGUAGCUACAGCAGGAUCAAGAGCCUGGUCAUCGAGGAGAUGAAGCAGUAUUUCCGACCUGAGUUCCUCAACCGUCUCGAUGAGAUGAUCGUGUUCAGGCAGCUUACCAAGCUCGAGGUCAAGGAGAUAGCGGACAUCAUGCUCCAGGAGGUCUUUGACAGGCUGAAGGCCAAGGACAUCAAUCUUCAAGUGACCGAGAAGUUCAAGGAGCGGGUGGUGGACGAAGGCUACAACCCUAGCUAUGGUGCACGCCCGCUGAGGCGAGCCAUCAUGAGGCUGCUGGAGGACAGCCUUGCUGAGAAGAUGCUCGCAGGGGAGGUAAAGGAGGGCGACUCUGCCAUAGUAGAUGUGGACUCGGAGGGGAAGGUUGUUGUGCUCAAUGGUCAGGGCGGCAUACCGGAGCUCUCAACUCCGGCGAUCACCGUUUAGCUCGUACAUAACAAAUGACAAAAUUAAUAGCAUAGUUUUUGUUCAAACACAUUAUCAUUUAUGGUUAGAAUAUCUGUGUAUAUGUAGUGGUAUAGUCAAUGGGGAAAUCGUUCCUGCCUCUAAAUUCCUUUUUUUCAAGUUAAGGUGUUUCUUUUGUCGCAAGUUAAUCUGCCUGGUUAUUAAGAUAUUGUUUACAGAGUGAUGUGAAAAGCUCUUGUCUG